AUGGCACUUGGCAAACAACCUGGGCUGAAAUCAUUAUUUUCCCUGUCUCAGUUAGUUUUGACUUCAGGACAACUGGGGCAGGGCAUGAUACAAAAACAUUCAAGAAUUUCUUACUUAGAGGUGGAAAUUCUUGAUGCUCGGACAAAGAAGCAGAUUUGCAUCCUUGAAAAGAUGCUUCCUUCGUUUACCAUUGCUGAUGUUAAACAGAAGUUUUACAAAAUUUGUCCACAGUGGUAUCCUUCACGAGUUGGCUUACAGCUUGAAUCCAAUGGUCCUCCAUUGAAGGAAACUAAAGUCAUUAAGAACCUUGCAACCUCCUCCAUUAUCACAUUAUACUUCAGGGACUUGGGGACUCAGAUAAACUGGACCACGGUUUUUCUAACAGAAUAUACUGGGCCUCUCUUAAUCUACCUGUUGUUUUAUUUUCGCUUGCCAAAUUUGUACGAUAUAGAGGAUAAAAACUAUUGGAGUCGCCCACCUGUGGUACACUUGGCUUGCCUCUGCCACUCUCUACAUUACAUCAAGCAAAUCCUUGAAACUCUCUUCUUGCACAACUUCUCUGAUGAGAAUACUGCCCUGAAGAUGAUGCUGAAGGGCUGUGCCUUUUACUGGGGAUUCACCACAUGGAUGGCUUAUUACAUCAACCACCCUCUGUACACACCUCCCAGCUUUGGUAACAGACAAAUCAUUCCAGCCUUGGUCUGUUUCCUGGUCUGUGGAGCAGGGAAUUAUUUUACAAAUGCUGCUAUAAUCCAGGUGCAUAAAGCAGGUACCAAGAAUCAUAUUGUCAGACCAACAUACAAUCCCUUUACAUGGCUUUUUAAACUGGUCUCCUGCCCGAACUAUACGUAUGAGAUGGGAGUAUGGAUUAGCUUCACCGUUAUGACCCAAACAUUUUCAGUUGCCAUCUUCGCUCUGAUGAUCUCUCUCCAGCUGAUAAUGUGGGCUCAAAGGAAACAUUACAAAUAUCAAAAGGAUAUUAAAAAUUAUCCCAGUUACAGAACAGCUUUGAUCCCAUUUAUACUGUAA